CCUGUGGCGCGCGGCGCCCGCUCCGGACCGCGCGUCUUCGGACCUUAAGGAGAACAUGCAUUCGUCUUGGACUGUUUGAAAUUCUUAGUUUGGGGUCCCCGCUCGCUCGCUUUUUUCCGCCCCGCGGAUUUUCUGAGGGUUCCCCCCCUCUCUAUCUUUUUUUUUUUUUUUUCAUUUUCUCCCCUCGAGGCUCUUUUGUAAACCUCCCCCCCCCUUUAUGUUCGCCCAGCCCUCCACCCGCUUCUGAGUAGUGGGGGAGGAGGGUUUAGGCCUCCAGGUUCCCGCCCCACCGGGGCCCCGGGCGAACAUGGGGGGCAAGCAGAGCACGGCGGCCCGCUCUCGGGGCCCCUUCCCGGGGGUCUCUACCGAUGACAGCGCCGUGCCCCCGCCGGGAGGAGCGCCCCACUUUGGGCACUACCGGACGGGCGGCGGAGCUAUGGGGCUGCGCAGCCGCUCGGUCAGCUCGGUGGCGGGCAUGGGCAUGGACCCCAGCACGGCCGGAGGGGUGCCCUUUGGCCUCUACACCCCCGCCUCCCGCGGGACCGGCGACUCGGAGAGGGCGCCGGGCGGCGGGGGGUCCACGUCGGACUCCACCUAUGCUCACGGCAAUGGUUACCAGGAGACAGGCGGCGGUCACCAUAGAGACGGGAUGCUGUACCUGGGCUCCCGAGCCUCGCUGGCGGAUGCUCUACCUCUGCACAUCGCACCCAGGUGGUUCAGCUCGCACAGUGGUUUCAAGUGCCCCAUUUGCUCCAAGUCUGUGGCUUCCGAUGAGAUGGAAAUGCACUUUAUAAUGUGUCUGAGCAAACCUCGCCUCUCCUACAAUGAUGACGUGCUGACUAAAGAUGCGGGGGAGUGUGUCAUCUGCCUGGAGGAGCUGCUUCAGGGGGACACGAUAGCCAGGCUGCCUUGCCUGUGCAUCUAUCACAAAAGCUGCAUAGACUCCUGGUUUGAAGUGAACAGAUCUUGUCCAGAGCACCCUGCUGACUGACCCUGCUGGGCUGGCUUGCUGACUCCUCUCAAAGGUUUAUUUUAUUUAUUCCAAGUAAAUGCCCAGACCAGCUGACGGUGUCAGGCAAAUCAGGGACAUUUGCUCUUUUUACCUUCACCUCAAACUCUGAUGACAAGGGGAGAAGACAGAGCAAGGGUGAGAGUGAGGCAGGGGAUUGGACCCUGGCUUCAGGAUGCAGGUCCAAAUUGCCGGCAUGAUGUUUGGCUUCCGGGGGCCUGCCUGGACUGAACCAGACACCCUGGCCGACCAGCCUGCCCUCGGGGACACGCUGCGCUGCUGCCACCACCGUGAGAUGCAGCAGCAGUUCCCGGCCGGAUGGAGCGCGACUGACUUCUUCCGACCCACACAGGGACGGACAGCCCUGGGCCUGGGAGGAGGCUCCUCGGACACUGGACAGAGCUGAGCUUGGGACACCAGAGGGACAGGGCACCCCUUCUGCACUGACUUCCAGAACAUGGUCCUCCCUCCUCCCUGAGGACACCCAACUGAUUGAGAGCGAGUCUGAGAGAAGAAUGAAUUGACCUCUAUUCUCCCCCUCACCUUCAACCCAGGAGGGAAAGGGCAUUUUCUUUUUCACCUUUGAAAGGCGUUGUGGGUCUGUCUUUAAAGUGUUUACAACAACAAAAAAAUUAUAUAAAAAAAGUCUAGUGUCGACUGGUGUUUUCCCUCGUGAUGUUUACAGAUUGCUGUUUGCUGCCCAGCUGAAACCCACUCAGUGACAGAACCAGGCCUAGCCAUGUCUUCCCGCUACACUCUGACAGCGGGCGGGCGGGCGGGCAGGCACACGGGCACUUCCUUUGCCCAGUGCCCCAGUUGGCUCUCUGUAUCACCAACCUUUCUACUUUGGGGGGUUCGUUUUUUGUUUUCCUGUUUUCCUGUCCCAUCUUUCUGGCUUGGUUUUGCACUUUUCUCCCUUAGUACCCUGAUACCUUGAUUUCCUUGCCAAAAACGAAAAAGGAAGGCGCAGAAGAGCCCAUCGAGGACACUUCCCCCCCUCCAUUCCCAUGUCUUCCCUGCCUUUCUCCUGGAUCUGGUCCAAUCAGAGGAUUUAACAAUCACAAAUACACUGAAAAAAAUGCCUGGACAGUUUUCUUAGGCCCUUGUGGUUUGGUUGGGUUUUGUUUUUUUCUGAGAAAACUUAGACUAACUAAAGGAACAUGUACUGCUACCCCUGUUUUCAGGCACACUGAGAACAUUUUAGCCAUUGAUGUUCACACGUGGCAUCAGCCCAUGCAGGAUAGGUUUCUGUAUUUAUAUAUUAAAAUACAAAAAAACAAAAAAAAACUCACAAAAUGUUUUAAAAAUGUUCAAAGCUCGGGAGAAAAGCUUUUCUUCAUCAGUCAAGGUGUUUUGAUAUGGUAUUAAAAUAAUGUCUAAUAAAAGAUGCACCGUGUGAUCUUA